AUGCACUCAUUUCACCUGAACUCCAGUAUGCCCACGUCAACGCCCUUCGCCUGGUCACUCCUGCGUGUGCCCCAUUCCCUGCUUCCGGCCGGGCACCUGGCUCCUCCAGGGCUCCAGCAGCAGCUCAGCCUGGCCAGGCCUCUGCACUGCUCGCCCGCCCCAGGAACGGAGCUGCUCGUUCUCUGCAUGAGGAAUGUGGCACCACGCGCGGGCAGGAGGCGAGCUCUCUGCCCCCCCAGCUGGUGUGGAAAGAGGCAGGAAUGCUUUACGCUGGGGGCCCCGCGCAGUGCACAGGCCCUGGAGGGCAGGCACCAGCCCCACACCACAGAUCAGCCAGGGGAGGGAUGGGUUAUUCAAGGCCUGAUGUCCCUGCCUAUGAGUGCAGAUGCCAGUGUCUGGUGCCCCCCAGCCCCCGAGACCUGCUCCAGGUACAGGGAAAGGCCAGUGCACCAAGACACCCUUCCCCAGCCCCCCUUCGCCCCCCCCAGCCUGAGCCCCUGGCUGGAGAGAGGAUCCUCAAGGCAGCUAGCCAGGGCCAUGAUGAGAGCGCCCGGCAGGGGAAGGGUUAACGCUUGCACAACCCCCAUCCAAUCCGCGCACUCGCCCUCAAACAAAUCCAUUAUUUGCUAAUGCGGAGUCCAGGCAGGGGGCUCCGGGAGACACUUCUUCCCCAGCUGGGCGAGGCACCUCAUGCUGGUACUAGGGAGCCUUGCGGCCUGGGCCUUGGCUUUAGCCCUCCUCUGCCUCCUAGCCACAGAGCUCUGGGGGCCAGGCUGGGGCAGCUUGCUCCCCAGCCGCGAGCCGGGGGGUGCAGGCGAGGAAGACGAUGGGGACAAUGUCAUUGGGGAAGAGGGGCCCGGGGCAGGGCGCUGCAGACUCAUCUGCAAAUCCUCCGCCCUGGCCCAGAGCCUGCUGAGGAGCCUGCGACGGGGCGCUGCCCUGCAGAGUGGGCGCUGGCUGUGGAGGACCUGGCCUCAGCUCCAGACCAUGUUCCAGCUCCUCUUCCCCCCUGCCCACCAGCCCGAGCUGGCCCGGGAGCUCCUGCAGCUGGCUGAUGGGGGCCUGGUUGCCCUGGACUGGGUCAUGGGGCCCCGUGGCACCGGCAAGAGGAGUAGAGCAACCACUGCCUUUGGCACUGCCCCGGUGCUGCUUGUCCUCCCCAAUGCCUCCGGGAAGGUCACCAGAGGCGUCCUGCACCUCUGCCUGCUGGCCCUGGAGCAGGGCUACAAGCCAGUCAUCUUCAACCGCAGGGGUCACAACGGCAGCCCGCUUGCCAGCCUGAAGCUGCAGGCCUUCGGGGACCCAGGUGACCUCAAGGAGGCGGUGACGUACAUCCGCAUGCGGCAGCCAGGUUCCUCGCUCUGCGCCGUGAGCGAGGGCUCCGGCUCGGGCCUGCUCCUCUCCUACCUGGGGGAGUGCGGCUCCUCCAGCUAUCUGGCUGCAGCGUCUUGCAUCUCGCCCGUGUUCAGGUGCCAGGAGUGGCUGGAGACCGGGUGCCCCUGGCUGUAUGAGUGGAGUCUGCUCCUGCACCAGAAACGAGGCCUCAGCAGGUAUGCCACCGCGCUGGCAGAGGUUGUGGAGACAGGCAGGCUGUUCAGGAGCUGCUCACUCCGGGAAUUCGAGGAAACCCUCUUCUGCCAGACCAAGAGGCACCCUGUCACCUGGGACGCUUACUGGGAUCGCAACGACCCCCUCCGGGAGGUGGAUGAAGCAGCCGUCCCGGUCCUGUGCAUCUGCAGCGCCGACGACCCCGUCCGGGGACCUCCGGCCAGCACCCUCCCCAUGGAGCUCUUCCACAGCAGCCCCUACUUCUUCCUGCUGCUGACACCACACGGCGGGCACUGCGGCUUCCUGAGGGAGGGGCCCUGCUCCUGGAGCCACGAGGUGACGCUGGAGUACUUCACGGCCGUCGCGGAGUUCUUUCGCACGGAGGAGAGGCUGAAGGGGCUGCACCGGUACAGGAGGGGCGUCCUGCAGAAGAGAGAGGCUUCCUCCGCCGCCUGCCACCUCCAGGAGAUCUUCAGCUGGCAGAGGUCCUACACCAGGUAG